AUGGCAAAGCUCUCAUCUCUUGCACAAUUCGUAGCCCUCGCAGCUACAGGCAUUGCUUGGUCAAGUCCAGAUUGCAAAGCCGUCCCAGGAUCUCCUGGUUGGCCUACCGAAAUCCAAUGGUCAGGCCUCAAUACUUCUCUCUCUGGACGACUCAUCAAGCCUUCACCCCCAGGUGCAGUCUGUCAUCCCACGCAAGUAACGUUCAAUGCGGCAGAAUGUCCAGCGGUGCAAGCGGAAUGGUUGACCGCUGCGUGGCAUACAACCAAUCCUGUUAGUAGCAUAAGGAAUAACUGGAACAACGACACCUGCCUGCCUAUUGCGACGGAUCCUUGCAGUGGAGAGGGCUAUCCCAUUUACGUUGUCAAUGCUACUUGUGCAGAAGACGUGAAGGCGGGAGUUGACUUUGCAAGAGAGAACAACAUAAGAUUGAUUGUGAAAGGAACAGGACAUGAUUAUAUUGGAAGGUCCUCAGCUCCCAACUCUCUAUCAAUCUGGACACAUCACAUUACCGGACUUUCGUUUCAUGAUGGCUUCGAGCCAAAAGGAUGCGGAUUCUCGAUCGAUGGAGCCGCAAUCACGGCAGCUGCUGGUACUCAAAUGCUUGAACUAGAUGGACAAGCUCACUUACGAAAUCUCACCAUUGUAUCAGGUGGAUCAGGAAGCGUCGGCGUUGGUGGGUAUUUGACAGGUGGUGGCCACGGUGCGUUAAGUUCAACCUACGGAAUGGGUGCAGACCAAGUUCUUGAAAUUGAGAUGGUUACACCGGGAGGAGAUAUUGUGACCGUGAACGAAUGUCAGAAUCAAGAUCUCUUCUGGGCUAUGCGAGGAGGUGGUGGCUCAACAUUUGGGGUCAUGACAUCCGUGACUAUCAAAGCAUUCCAAUCCUCAGCUUUCCAUACUGUGACGGCACUGAUGGCUACGAAACCAGGAACAGAUGCAUACUGGAGCGUGAUAGCAAAUGUUCUGUCGCAAUUCCCGACAUUAGACGAGAUGGGGAUCUCGGCAUACUCUUACAUUGCACCAGGCUUCACGAGUGCAGCUCUCAACAUCACUACUCCCGUUGAUGGAUUUUAUGGUAUCUUCAUGCUACCAGGAUUACAUCCAGAGAACACAUCAGACUCCCUCACAUCUGCUAUCAAACAGCUUUUCAACACCGCCACAUCCUCGUUCCCACAACAAUUCGAAACUUUCACAAACACAACAUCGUACCCAGACUUCUGGAGUUAUUUUGAACCUAAUUACGGACCUCUGAAUGCAGGUGAUGACGGAGUACUCGGUUCGAGGCUACUUGACGGCAAGGCAUUGACUGGAAAUCUUACAGCACUUGCAGAUGCGUAUAGAGUUGCUAGCCCAGUGGGAAAUGAGAUAAGUGCCUUUCUUGUUAGUGGGAAAGGCGUGCACAAUGCAAAACCAAGAGGAGGAAGCAAUGCUGUGAAUCCUGCUUGGCGGACGGCAUAUAUACAUUCAGUCUUAUCAGUAGGCUGGGAACCUUUGAACGAACAGCAGAAGAAAAAUCAAGAGGGCAAUCUAACAGAUGUAUAUAUUGAAGGACUGAGGAAGCUGGCUCCCGAUAUGGGUGCAUACGUCAACGAGGCUUAUCCAGAUGAGCCCGAUUGGCAACACACAUUUUGGGGAGACAACUAUGAGCGCUUGCUCUCCAUCAAAAAGGACUAUGAUCUAGGGAAUGUAUUAUGGUGUCAUCCUUGUGUGGGCAGCGAGAAUUGGGAAGUGGUUGACAAUGUGCUGUGCAGCAAGUAA